UACAAUACAAACCAAUAUUGCAAAGUUACAAACCAUAUAUUAAAAUUAUACAGAUUAAUAUUAAAAUUUUAUACAAAUAAGUAUGACAUUAUAUGCAAAGAAUACUUACAAUACAAAUACCACAACUAACAGUACAAUCUCAUAUAACUUGCAUUACAAACUGAUAAUGGGUGUGCCUACGGUGACAUGCAUGUCACGGUGACUUGCACUUUCCGGUCGACCUCAGUUAGAAUUAGGUAAUGAGGUCGACCUCAUUUAGGAUUCAGACGACCUCAUAUAGGAUCAGGUCGACCUAAUCUAUUGUUUCAGUGUAAAAACAGUUCAUGGUGCAUACUUUGGAUAUUCAUAUCAUACAAUUGGCUAGAUGGAAAUUAAAGACUAAAGACUUGUUUUGAAGUUGGAGUGUCCCUCUACAUAUUGAAGUGAUUGAGAGCUCGAUAGGAAGUCAAGAAGACCAUUUUUGAACCUCAUCAAAAGGCUAUGCCAAAACUGGGAAACUGCCUGGAAAUGGCCAAGUCUGGAAACGUGUUUGUGAAACCUAUUUUGGAGCUCAAUUCGAGAAGCAUGAAUGUGAGUCGAGUCCAGGAGCCUCUACCACGUUAAAUUAGGUAUGUUUUUAUACAAAUUCAAGGCAUUGGAUGAAAGAUUGGAUAUCUGUAAGGCUUCAAACAAAAGGGUCGAAGUUGCUACGAAGGGUGUUUUUCUGGCAAGUACUUUAAUGUGUAGAGGGACACUUCAGCUUCAAAACAAGUCUUUAAUCUCCAAUUUCCAUCUAGCCAAUUGUAAGAUAGGAAUCUCCAAAGUAGACACCAUGAAACUGUUUUUACACUGAAACAACAGAUUAGGUCGAACUAAUCCUAUAUAAUGUCGACCGAAAAGUGCAUGUCACUGUGACAUGCAUGUCACCGUAGCAAAGUCCUAAUAUUAAAUAUACAACACAACUAACAGUACAAUCUCAUAUGACUUGCAUUACAAACUGAUAAUAUUAAAUAUACAAAGAAUAAGUAAAAAGUAUAUAAAUUAUUUUGGGUAAUGUCUAUUUUUUAUCCAAACUUUUUUCAUAUUCUUUUAUAUUAUCUAAACCUAUUAAAAUGCUAUUAAUCAGCCAAAUCUUUCGAAAUGCAUCAAAAUAUUAGUCAUGUUUAUAUUAUCGUUAAUAAUUUUCUUAACUAUUUUCUUAGUUAAAAUACUAAAAUUUUGUAAUGUUGACCUUCAUGUGUCUCUUCCAAGUCAGUAUCAUGUUGCCAUGUCAAUAUUACUAACAAAAUUCCUAAUUGGAAGUUAACAUUUGGCUAAUUAAUAACACUUUAAUAGGUUUGGACAAUAUAAAAGAAUCUGAAAAAGGUUUGGAUAAAAAAUAGACAUUACCCAAUUAUUUUACAAAUUAUACCAACCAUAUAAUAAAACUGUACAAAUCAGACUUACAUUAUAUACAAAGAAUACUAACUAUAUAAAUCGACAAGACAUUAUAUGUAACAUCCCGUUCCGGCAAAACCCAUAUUUCGAUCGCUAGAAAGUUCGCGAUUUAAAAUCGAGCAUUUCGACACUAUUUCGGCGAAAAUCGGAUUAUCGAUCGAUCGGAUAGGUAUACGUAUUAAUUAUAAUAUAUAUAUAUAUAUAUAUAUAUAUAAUAUUACAAUUAAGCGGUCACUUAUAUAAAGUUUCUCCCCCGUCCAUUAAUUAUCAUCAUCAACAUCAUUUUUUCUCAUUUCCAUCCGCGAGAGAAGCAGAGGAACAGAGAGCGUACAGGGGAGCUCGGGUAGAAUUUCCAAAGCUCCAAUCUUGAGCCCUAGUGAUCCAAAAAAAUCCCGUAAGUAAUGCCUAAUUCAUCCAUACAUCGUGAUUUAUCGAUUUAGAGCUUUAAAACGAGUUUUUGGUUCAGGAAUUUCUUGAUUUCCCGAUCUGCCAAAUUAGGGUUUCGGAGUAUCCGGAAGCCGGAUUGAGCCCAAAUUUCAUAUACGAGCUUCUUGCAGCGAGGUAAUCAAUCCCCUAGUUCUAAUUCCUGAUUUUCGGCUAUUAUUUAGGCCAGGGUCCAAACUGCUGAAUUUAGCUCCGGCCAGGGUUUGAUGUGCUUUUAUCGAGAAUUUGACCCGGAGCCUAGAACUAAUAUUGACGGGGAUACUGCAGGGGAUAUUAGGACGGUCUCGGAUUUUAAUUCGGGGUUCGUUCCUGAAAUUGACGUUUUAGUACGGGAAGGUUAAACCGGUGUUUGAACGACCAGAACUGGUGAGGGAUUAGCACGGCAUACCGGGUUUGUCGUAUCACGAUAAUUAUAUUGAUGCUUAGAAUUGACCUAGGUGAAUUAGAAUGGCAUGAUUAUGGGUGUAUGGACUUCUCUGCUAUAUGAUGAACUAUAGGCUUCUGUAUGAUAUUAUUGACUUGCCUUAAUCGAUAUGGACCUUGUUUAUGUUGAUAAUUCCAUAUAUGUUGCCAGAUGUGGGUUUAAUUGUGAAUAUGCCUUAUGUUGGUUCGAGAAGGUGAUUGGAUAUGAUUUUUCAUGAUUGUUGUAUUUGGAUGCAUAAGUGGGAAAAUAUAUAUUCCCUGGUGAUAUCAUGAUGUUUUAAGGAGGAUGACUUGCACGAGGGUUUAUCCCGAGGAAGUGCAACUAUACGACUCCUGGUUUACCUAUGUUGAGCCAAUUAUGGCCAGGUCAAGUACAUGUGCAAGUAAUGAAUUAUGAUUAAGCAAGAUGAGAUAUGAAUCAUGUAUAAGGAUACCAAAUAUGAGUGUUGUGGUCUCACGGUCAACUACAUAGUAAUUAGGGCUCCCUAUGCUAUUACUCUAUUAUGAUAUGAUAGUCACACCUCUCAUGUGGUGGUGACUGAAGAAUUCUUACGAGAUAUGACCACACCCAGAGUGGUGUCGGGGUAUGACUACACCCAUAGUGGUAUGGGGUAUGUAUGACCACAUCCGACGGGAUGUUGGGGUAUGUAUGACUACAUCCGACGGGAUGUGGGGUAUGUUUCCCGGGAGAGUUAUUAGCAUGGGAGUAGCCAGGCGCCUAUGAUUAAAACAUGAUAAGAUGCAUAUGCAUAAGUCAAAGUGGUUGAGUCUUUUGCUUAUUGGGAUAUGAGGAUGGCUGAGGUCCGAUCCUAGUGUUUUGGCUCGUUUGCUAGAUGUAUGGUAGGGGUAUGCUCUGUUAUGAACUCACGAUGCUAUGAUUAUCUCACUCAGCUAUGAGCUGACCCUCUUUUAUUCUUCUUCUCUGCUUAUGCUAUGUGUAAGCAGAUCAUCAGCAGCAGCAGUAGAUAAGUGUUAGGUGGGAGAGGAGCUAGAGUUGAAGCCAGGAUGAGGUAUGGUCUUCAACUAUUCUGUGCUUGGACUACUACUCGGGAUUUUGGCCAGUGAUCCACACCUUUUUGUAAAAAUGUUUUGAGAACGUUUUUCAUGUGCAUACUAGCUUCUGAUGUAGUGUGAGAUAUCCACAGGUGUGGAAAGUUGAUGAUAUGUGUAUAUGUUGUGUAACUGUGUAAGUUGUGACGAUUAUGGUAUGUAUAAGUAUGGUAUGCAGUUAGGAAGUAUGAAAACUGUGACUAUGGCUAGGGAAAGCCAAUGCUUAUGGUUGUGAGUAUAUAUGUUUGUGAUAAAUUAUUUUGCAGGACAAGUUGCAAGAACUGUUAGCCCAUUACGCGAGUAAUUCAUGUCGAAAUUUUAUUUAGAUAAAUUUUGAUAAUUAAUGUAACACCCGAGAUUAAUUCCGCUGCAAUUGUAUGAACAAUAUGAUUAGGUAAUACGUAUAGGAUAGGGUGUUACAGUUUGGUAUCAGAGCCCGGUUCCCUCUUUUUGCUGUUAUGGCGUACUAUACCCUAUGGGAGGCUAAACACUCCUAAGGAGGGGAGUACCCCAUAAUGACUUAAACUGGGAAUUGAAUUUGAUAUGAUUAUGUGUAUUGGUAUAUUGGAUGAAAUUACCUGCAUCAUGGUUUUCAAAAAUUGAGUUUUGAACUUAUUUGUUUUCGAGUAAUUAUUUUGGGAAAAUUUUUGUUUUAACCAAGUGAGAGAUUUGGUGAAGAAUGAAUUUUGUGUGGAUCAAUCUAAGGCCAAUAUUUCCUUGUAGCUCGCACGGAAGUUGUGAAAAUGUUCCUACUGACCAGUCGAGAGGAGUGGGGGCGGUUGAUGCAAGACCGCCAGUAUUAGAUUAUGCAAAGAUGAAGAGUUUGGGUGGUAGGGACUUUAAGGGAGAUGUGAGCCCAGAUGCUGUAGUAGAGUGGUUGAGAGAGAUGGAAGAUGUGUUUGAAUAUCUUUAUGCAACCCCAGAGGAAAAAGUGCAAUAUGUUGUUUUUCUCCUAAAGGGGUAUGCGAGGAGCUGGUGGUCCUCAGUCUCUAGAGUUAAUGGUGAACGAGUUCAGUUCACCUGGGAGGAGUUUCUGAAGGCCUUUAAGACAGAGUUUCUUCCCGAAGCUUUUAUCAGGGCAAAGAACAAUGAAUUUUCCAACCUUAAGCAGGAGAAUAUGACAGUUACUGAGUACACCAUCAAGUUUGUUCGACUGCUUUACUUUGAGGAUGGGUUGGCGGAUACUGAGCAUAAGAAGAAGAUGAGAUACUUGCAUGGUCUGCGCAUAGGAUUGAAAGAAAAGAUCCACAGGGUUGAUGAAGAGAGCAUGGCCACAAUCAAGGAGGCAGCACUUAAGUAUGAAGCCUAUGAAGUUGAGAGCCGAGAGGAACACAAGGCCAAAGAAGAGGAGAAGAAGAGGAAGUUUGGAGUAAAUUAUGCUGGACCUCGUUACCCACCCAGGAGAGGUCCUAGCAGUUUUGGGAGAACACCAAGUCAAUCUAUGUCGGGAACAUCAUACAGGGCACCAAUAUCCUCAGCCACACAAUUUCCAUUUUGUCAAGUUUGUCAGAAGAGGCAUAUUGGAGAGUGUAGGAGAUUUUCUGGUGUAUGCUUUCACUGUGGCCAACCUGGGCACAUCAUGAGGGAUUGCCCGCAUGCGAGAGAAGUAAGAGCUACACAGUCCGAGCCUUCAGUGCAAAUGAGUAGAGCCCCAUUCAGGGGUGGUUACCAGGGAGGCCGUAGUGGAUUUCAGAGUGGUCGUGGUGGUUCACAGGGUGGUAGAGGUGGUGGUCGAAAUCAGCCAUCAGGAAGUGGUACGCAGGGUACCAGAGCACAGGGAGCACCGAGGGUUUAUGCAAUGACUCGAGGUGAGGCAGAAGUGGCACCAGAAGUUGUGACUGGUAUGCUUUCUAUCCUUGGCAAGCAAUUAUAUGCUUUGAUCGAUACUGGUUCCUCUCACUCAUUCAUGUCAUAUACGUUUGCACAUAUGCUACAUUUAGUUCCAGAUAAGCUAGGCUAUACCUUAUGUGUUAAAACACCUGUGGGAGAUACCUUGAAGGUAGACUCAGUUAUUAGAAGUUCCUUCAUUUGUGUGGAAGGAGCUUUCCUAGCAGCAGAUUUAAUUCUGCUACCUUUUGAUGAAUUCGAUGUCAUCCUUGGAAUGGACUUUCUGGCAACACAUGGAGCUGUUGUGGAUUGUCAAAAGAAAGAAGUGUUAUUCAGCACACCAGAUAAAGGUCCUGUUGUAUUCCGAGGCAUUAAGAAAAAGGAGACUCAUGGUUUUCUUUCUGCCUUGGAAGCUUUUCGAUUAGUGAAGGAAGGUUGUGAAGCCUUUCUUGCUCAAGUUACUAUAGUAAAUGAUAAGAAGGUUGAGGAUGUAGAGGUGGUAAGGGAAUUUCCUGAUGUAUUCCCCGAAGAACUUCCCGGCCUUCCACCAGAAAGGGAAGUAGAGUUUGAUAUUGAAUUGGUACCUGGCACAACACCAAUUUCAAUGGCACCAUAUAGAAUGGCACCAAUUGAGCUGAAGGAGCUUAAAGAACAAUUGCAAGAAUUGUUAGACAAGGGGUUUAUUCGACCUAGCAUCUCACCUUGGGGUGCACCGGUUUUGUUUGUCAAGAAGAAAGAUGGUUCCAUGAGAAUGUGCAUUGACUACCGGAGGUUGAAUAAGGCGACAGUGAAGAAUCGUUAUCCCCUUCCAAGAAUAGAUGAUUUGUUUGAUCAAUUGCAGGGUGCAUCAGUCUUUUCUAAGAUUGAUUUGAGAUCUGGAUACCAUCAAUUGAAAGUGGCAGAUGGAGCAACCUCAAAAACAGCUUUUAGAACAAGAUAUGGGCAUUAUGAGUUCCUGGUAAUGCCUUUUGGACUCACUAAUGCACCAGCGGUAUUUAUGGCUCUUAUGAACAGAGUUUUCCAUGAAUAUCUUGAUAAGUUUGUGAUUGUGUUCAUAGAUGAUAUUCUCAUCUAUUCUAAAAGCGAGGAGGAGCACAAAGCUCACCUUAGAAUUGUGUUGCAAAUUCUAAGGGAGAAACAAUUAUAUGCAAAAUUCUCAAAAUGUGAGUUUUGGCUGAAGGAGGUAAUAUUUCUGGGACAUGUAAUUUCUGGAAGAGGUGUCGAGGUGGAUCCGAAAAAGGUGGAAGCAGUGGUGAGUUGGACUCCACCAAAAGAUGUGUCGGAGUUGAGAAGUUUUCUUGGCAUGGCUGGUUAUUAUCGGCGGUUCGUAGAAGGAUUUUCUAAAAUUGCUGCACCAUUGACUAAACUGUUGAGGAAGAAUACUAAGUAUGUUUGGGAUGAAUCAUGUCAAAAGAGUUUUGAUGAACUGAAAAAGAGAUUGACCACAGCACCAGUACUUGCACUACCUUCAAGUCAGGGAGAGUUUGUGGUGUAUAGUGAUGCCUCGUAUCAAGGAUUGGGCUGUGUGUUAAUGCAAGAUGGAAGAGUUAUCGCAUAUGCCUCUAGGCAAUUGCGUCCUCAUGAAGUAAAUUAUCCCACUCAUGACUUAGAAUUGGCAGCGGUGGUAUUUGCUCUCAAGAUUUGGCGACAUUAUUUGUAUGGUGAGACUUUUAAAAUUCUAACUGAUCACAAAAGCUUGAAGUAUAUUAUGGAUCAGAAGGAUUUAAAUAGUCGCCAGAGGAGAUGGAUAGAGUUGUUAAAAGAUUAUGAUUGUACCAUUGAUUACCAUCCAGGUAAAGCUAAUGUAGUUGCUGAUGCUCUGAGCAGAAAGGGGAAGAAGAAUAUAAAUGAUCUGGUUGAUUUGAGGGCAAUGAAUGUUGAUUUGGAAGUGGAUGGUGUAACAGGGUUACUAGCUCGAUUGAACAUUCGACCUUUGUUGCACGACAAAAUUCGUGAGAAGCAGAAGGAGGACCCAGAGUUGGUAAAAAUCAUUCAAGACAUUGGGGAAGGAAAAGAAAGCCCAUUUGAAAUGGUAGAUGGCAUGUUGAAGAUUAAUGGAAGAGCAUGUGUUCCUAAUGUUGAUAACUUGAGGAAAGAGAUCCUAGAUGAAGCUCAUUCUUCUGCUUAUGCUAUGCACCCAGGAGCAACUAAAAUGUAUCACACGAUCAAACCAUAUUUUUGGUGGCGUGGGAUGAAAAAGGAAGCGGCUGAACAUGUUUUCACAUGUCUGGUAUGUCAGAAAGUUAAGGCAGAACAUCAAGCUCCUGUGGGAAAACUGCAACCACUUCCAAUUCCAGAAUGGAAGUGGGAAAGAAUCACAAUGGAUUUUGUAUAUGGUCUCCCAUCAUCAAGGGGAAAAGAUGCAGUAUGGGUGAUUGUGGACCGACUGACCAAAUCGGCUCACUUUUUACCCAUUAGAUGGAAACCAUCACUGGAGACUUUGUCUCAACUAUAUAUUAAGGAGAUCGUCAGAUUGCAUGGUGUGCCAAUUUCUAUUGUCUCUGAUCGAGACCCGAGCUUCACAUCUCGGUUUUGGCAAAGUUUACAUGAUGCCUUGGGAACUAAACUGCAUUUUACUUCAGCUUAUCAUCCUCAAACAGAUGGGCAGAGUGAACGAACCAUCCUAACUUUGGAGGAAUUACUUCGAUCAUGUGUAAUGCAAUGGGAGGAAUCAUGGAUUGACCAUUUGCCCCUGAUUGAGUUUGCUUACAACAAUCAGUACCAUAGUAGUUUGGGUGUCCCACCAUAUGAAGCACUUUAUGGGAGAAAAUGUAGAACACCAUUAUGUUGGGAUGUAGAAGGAGCAAGGCAAAUCUCAGGGCCAGAGAUAGUUCAGAUCACAGUUGAUAAGGUCAAGGAAAUCAGGGAGCGGUUGAGGGUGGCUCAAGAUCGACAGAAAGUUUAUGUUGACACGAAUAGGCGUGAAGUUAAUUUCGAAGUGGGUGAGAAAGUAUUUCUCAAAGUGUCACCAUGGAAAGGGGUGAUGAGAUUUGGUAAGAAAGGAAAGCUUGCACCUCGAUAUAUUGGGCCAUAUGAAAUCACAGAGAAUAUUGGACCAGUGGCUUAUAAGUUAGCAUUGCCUCCAGAAAUAUCUCAAAUCCACAAUGUAUUUCAUGUUAGUAUGCUGAAAAGGUACAAAGUGGAUCCUUCCCAUGUUAUACAACCAGAAGAGAUCGAGUUGGGUACAGAUUUAACAUUUGAAGAAGUCCCAGUGCAGAUUGUUGACCAUCAGGUUAAGACUCUUCGCAGGAAAGAAAUACCAAUGUUGAAAGUGGUUUGGAGAAAUCAAGAAAGUGAGAGUGCUACCUGGGAAACUGAAGCAAGUAUGCGAGAGAAGUACCCUGAGUUGGUAGCAACCUACCUUGCAGGUUAACAAUCUUGCCUAAUAAGAUAUGUUUUGAACUUGCUGAUGUGCUUUUGUUGUGAUAGCCCAGUAUAGGUUUUUGAAACCUAAACAUGGGAACUUGAGGUGUUAUGUGUUACUUUCUAUGUUAUGAAUCUCCUAACCUAAGAGGUAGGUAAGGGUUUAUCUACGAUAGACCAUGUUAAGGGUUAGUAAGGGGAGUUAGAGUACGACUCAAGAAUAGAUUUCGGGGACGAAAUCUUUUAAGGAGGGGAGAAUUGUAACAUCCCGUUCCGGCAAAACCCAUAUUUCGAUCGCUAGAAAGUUCGCGAUUUAAAAUCGAGCAUUUCGACACUAUUUCGGCGAAAAUCGGAUUAUCGAUCGAUCGGAUAGGUAUACGUAUUAAUUAUAAUAUAUAUAUAAUAUUACAAUUAAGCGGUCACUUAUAUAAAGUUUCUCCCCCGUCCAUUAAUUAUCAUCAUCAACAUCAUUUUUUCUCAUUUCCAUCCGCGAGAGAAGCAGAGGAACAGAGAGCGUACAGGGGAGCUCGGGUAGAAUUUCCAAAGCUCCAAUCUUGAGCCCUAGUGAUCCAAAAAAAUCCCGUAAGUAAUGCCUAAUUCAUCCAUACAUCGUGAUUUAUCGAUUUAGAGCUUUAAAACGAGUUUUUGGUUCAGGAAUUUCUUGAUUUCCCGAUCUGCCAAAUUAGGGUUUCGGAGUAUCCGGAAGCCGGAUUGAGCCCAAAUUUCAUAUACGAGCUUCUUGCAGCGAGGUAAUCAAUCCCCUAGUUCUAAUUCCUGAUUUUCGGCUAUUAUUUAGGCCAGGGUCCAAACCGCUGAAUUUAGCUCCGGCCAGGGUUUGAUGUGCUUUUAUCGAGAAUUUGACCCGGAGCCUAGAACUAAUAUUGACGGGGAUACUGCAGGGGAUAUUAGGACGAUCUCGGAUUUUAAUUCGGGGUUCGUUCCUGAAAUUGACGUUUUAGUACGGGAAGGUUAAACCGGUGUUUGAACGACCAGAACUGGUGAGGGAUUAGCACGGCAUACCGGGUUUGUCGUAUCACGAUAAUUAUAUUGAUGCUUAGAAUUGACCUAGGUGAAUUAGAAUGGCAUGAUUAUGGGUGUAUGGACUUCUCUGCUAUAUGAUGAACUAUAGGCUUCUGUAUGAUAUUAUUGACUUGCCUUAAUCGAUAUGGACCUUGUUUAUGUUGAUAAUUCCAUAUAUGUUGCCAGAUGUGGGUUUAAUUGUGAAUAUGCCUUAUGUUGGUUCGAGAAGGUGAUUGGAUAUGAUUUUUCAUGAUUGUUGUAUUUGGAUGCAUAAGUGGGAAAAUAUAUAUUCCCUGGUGAUAUCAUGAUGUUUUAAGGAGGAUGACUUGCACGAGGGUUUAUCCCGAGGAAGUGCAACUAUACGACUCCUGGUUUACCUAUGUUGAGCCAAUUAUGGCCAGGUCAAGUACAUGUGCAAGUAAUGAAUUAUGAUUAAGCAAGAUGAGAUAUGAAUCAUGUAUAAGGAUACCAAAUAUGAGUGUUGUGGUCUCACGGUCAACUACAUAGUAAUUAGGGCUCCCUAUGCUAUUACUCUAUUAUGAUAUGAUAGUCACACCUCUCAUGUGGUGGUGACUGAAGAAUUCUUACGAGAUAUGACCACACCCAGAGUGGUGUCGGGGUAUGACUACACCCAUAGUGGUGUGGGGUAUGUAUGACCACAUCCGACGGGAUGUUGGGGUAUGUAUGACUACAUCCGACGGGAUGUGGGGUAUGUUUCCCGGGAGAGUUAUUAGCAUGGGAGUAGCCAGGCGCCUAUGAUUAAAACAUGAUAAGAUGCAUAUGCAUAAGUCAAAGUGGUUGAGUCUUUUGCUUAUUGGGAUAUGAGGAUGGCUGAGGUCCGAUCCUAGUGUUUUGGCUCGUUUGCUAGAUGUAUGGUAGGGGUAUGCUCUGUUAUGAACUCACGAUGCUAUGAUUAUCUCACUCAGCUAUGAGCUGACCCUCUUUUAUUCUUCUUCUCUGCUUAUGCUAUGUGUAAGCAGAUCAUCAGCAGCAGCAGUAGAUAAGUGUUAGGUGGGAGAGGAGCUAGAGUUGAAGCCAGGAUGAGGUAUGGUCUUCAACUAUUCUGUGCUUGGACUACUACUCGGGAUUUUGGCCAGUGAUCCACACCUUUUUGUAAAAAUGUUUUGAGAACGUUUUUCAUGUGCAUACUAGCUUCUGAUGUAGUGUGAGAUAUCCACAGGUGUGGAAAGUUGAUGAUAUGUGUAUAUGUUGUGUAACUGUGUAAGUUGUGACGAUUAUGGUAUGUAUAAGUAUGGUAUGCAGUUAGGAAGUAUGAAAACUGUGACUAUGGCUAUGGAAAGCCAAUGCUUAUGGUUGUGAGUAUAUAUGUUUGUGAUAAAUUAUUUUGCAGGACAAGUUGCAAGAACUGUUAGCCCAUUACGCGAGUAAUUCAUGUCGAAAUUUUAUUUAGAUAAAUUUUGAUAAUUAAUGUAACACCCGAGAUUAAUUCCGCUGCAAUUGUAUGAACAAUAUGAUUAGGUAAUACGUAUAGGAUAGGGUGUUACAUUAUAUACAAAGAAUACUAACGACACAAAUUGACAAGACAUGCAUUCCUAACCAAUGCGCACUUCAUCUCUCUACUAUGUUCGCUAUAUCGACAAUAAAUCUGUUGCUGCCGUUGAACUCAGCAACGAUAAAAUCCACGAUUUUUGGUGACAUCUCUCCCUCCCUUAGGGAAAAUAAUGGGUAAUUAACAUAAAAGGUCAUAAACCUAUUCACUUUGUACGAAACGGUUAAAAACCUUUCAUUUUGCAUGUUUCUGUAGCAUACAUUUGAGAGAAUAACGAAAUGGUCAUUUCGUUCAUCUCCAUCCAAAAAACUAUUUAUUUCAUGCAGCCAGCACACCAUGUCACUAAAAUUAUUAAUAAAAAUUUAAUAACCAAAUCCAAUGGAACCGGACAACCCUAACUCUUUAAUUACCCUCUUGAAAAACCAUCCAUACUUCCUCUACCGGCGUCGCACUCGCAACAGCUAGCCGCAUAUCUGUGGUCUUCAUUAUCUCCUUCUUGUCGGGAGCAACCUCGACGAAGACGAUCCCGAUGGCCGACACCACAAUGACCUUCUCCGUGCGCAACAACAUGACAUAGAAGAGUCAGGAUCUGCUGGUCUAUUGCCGGUCCGGCGAUGACGACAUCGGAGAAAAACACGUUUCCUUCCGCGGCAAUUAUGCCUUCAGCUUUGAGCCCAUGAUAUGUGGAGGGACGAAGUUUUGGUGCAACCUAGAACUAGAUUCCAACCGGCAUGUAACAUCAUGAUCCUUUUAACCAAAACUAUAAAAGUGCUGCCCCAGAGCAGAAUAAAAUUUCGUAAAAAAC